UCGGAAUCGACAGGAGUAAAGUCACUGACAGUCGUGUCUGUCAGAAGGAUCGCUACACUUCACACCACCUGCCGCUUCUCUAUUUCUCCAAAAUGUCUCCUGGGAAAAUCUGCAGCCUGACGGCACGGGACGUUCGCUUCCCGACCUCCCUCGAGCAGCACGGAUCCGACGCAAUGCACACCGAUCCUGACUACUCGGCUGCCUACGUCACCCUCGAGACAGACUCGGGACUGAAGGGGUUCGGGCUCACCUUCACCGUGGGCAGAGGAACCGAGAUCGUGGUGUGCGCGGUGGAGGCGUUGCGUCCUCUUGUGGUGGGUCGUAACCUGCAGGAGAUCACCACCAACUUCAGCAGCUUCUACAGACACCUGACCAGCGAUGGCCAGAUGAGAUGGGUCGGGCCAGAGAAGGGGGUGAUUCAUUUGGCCACAGCUGCUGUUCUCAACGCCGUGUGGGACCUGUGGGCUCGCUCGGAAGGAAAGCCUGUGUGGAAACUGCUUGUUGAUAUGGAGCCUGAGCAGCUUGUGUCGUGUAUCGACUUCAGAUACAUCACUGAUGCCCUGACAAAAGAAGAGGCUUUAGACAUCCUUCGCAAAGGCCAGGAGGGGAAACAGCAGAGAGUGGAUCAGAUGAUGAGAGAGGGCUACCCUGCAUACACCACCUCCUGUGCCUGGCUGGGCUACCCAGACGACACACUCAAACAGCUGUGUUCUUCAGCGCUGUCUGAGGGCUGGAGGGCGUUUAAGGUGAAGGUAGGGGCAGAUCUUGAUGAUGACAUCAGACGCUGCCGCCUGAUUCGCCAGAUGAUCGGACCUGAGAACGUCCUGAUGAUUGAUGCUAACCAGCGCUGGGAUGUGGGCGAGGCUGUUUCCUGGGUUACGCGUCUGUCAGAGUUCCGCCCGCUGUGGAUCGAAGAGCCCACCUCCCCUGAUGACAUCUUAGGCCACGCCCACAUAUCCAAGGCUCUGGCUCCUCUGGGUAUUGGUGUGGCUACUGGAGAACAAUGCCAUAACAGGGUGAUGUUUAAGCAGUUUCUCCAGGCAUCAGCUCUGCAGUUUGUUCAGAUUGACAGCUGUCGCGUCGGGAGCAUCAACGAAAACCUCGCUAUCAUACUCAUGGCACACAAGUUCAACGUGCCCGUGUGUCCCCAUGCGGGAGGUGUGGGCUUGUGUGAGCUGGUCCAGCAUCUGAUCCUCUUUGACUACAUCUGUGUAUCGGGCAGCCUGGAGAACAGGAUGUGUGAGUAUGUUGACCAUCUCCAUGAGCACUUCAAGAAUCCCACCGUCAUCAAAAACGCCCACUACAUGCCCCCUAUGGAGCCAGGCUUUUCCUCUGAGAUGGUGGAGUCCUCAGUGACCAAACACAGUUUCCCUCAGGGGGAUGUAUGGAGAAACUUUCAACAUCUCUGAUUCCAACACACAUGCACACACACAGACUCACUCACGCCUAAAUUCCAGCACAUCUUUUCUGUAUUUGUCAUUUUUUUGUGUCAUUAAUAUCUGUGAAGACAGAGAGGGUGAUCUAGAAACGGUAUUUGAUUUCAGUUUGACAUAGGCCUAGCUGGCCUACAAACACACACUCACACACACAAGCAAGAACACUACAACCCAACCACGUACACAUAGGUGCACAUGCACACUUUCUCUCUCUCUCUCUCUCUCACACACACACACACACACACACACACACACACACACACACACACACACACACACACACACACACACACACACACACACACACACACACACACACACACACACACACACACACACACACACAGACAGCACAGCUAUACCCUCCCUGCUCAGGAUCGUUUUGAUUACAUAAUACAUAAUAAUGAUGGAUAAAACUAAAUGAUAAUAAUAAUAAUGGAGAAAACGUAAUGCCCUGAUGGAUAAUGGAUAAAACCAAAUGCCUAAAACUCAAUAAAUAUACUGUGAAAGAAAACAA